AUGACAAAUGGUAACUCUUUUACUGCCCUACUCAUAUAUGUGGAUGACAUUUUAGUUGCUAGUGAUUCCUUAAGUUCAAUUGCUGUUAUCAAAGACUCAUUGCAUAACAAAUUCAAAAUUAAAGAUCUUGGUGUUUUGAGAUACUUCCUUGGGAUAGAAGUAGCUCAAUCUUCAGAAGGUAUUCACAUUUGCCAACGAAAGUAUGCCCUUGACAUACUUGCAGAUUCUGGUGUUUUAGGGUCCAAACCAGUAAAAAUUCCUAUGGAACAAAAUUUGAAGUUGAGCAAAACCACUGGUUCACCUCUUGCUGAUCCCUCCAUCUAUCGAAGAUUGAUUGGUAGGCUGCUUUACCUAACAAUCACUCGUCCAGACAUCAGUUAUCCUGUCCAAACUCUCAGCCAGUUCAUGGAUCAGCCCACCACAACUCACUUAGCUUCUGCUCAGAAAAUUUUAAGAUAUAUUAAAGCUACACCUGGUCAAGGCUUGUUGCUGUCAUCUACUUCAGAGCUGCAUCUUAAUUCUUAUUGUGAUUUUGACUGGGCAUCUUGCCCUGAUACAUGA